GUUGAUAUACAUUAGGCCUACUAACUUGAAAAGGGGUCAUUUCAAAGACUGCUUAUUGAAUGCAAUAAUGGCCACAUGACUGUAUUUGUAAAAGGGCCAUCGAUGCUCCGACUCGGAUGAGUAUACUAAAAGCAAGGCUAAAAGCCCGCCAUCCGCGGGUCUGCGAAUGAACGACAAUACCACUGCCAGAGUCCGGAUUGAAGUUUGAACAUGAUCCACGCAGGGAAGUGAGAGGUCAGAUAUCUCACUUUCCUGUAUUAGACAUUACGAUUGAUAUACAAACAACAAGUUGCGUCUAAAUAUAUAGCCAAUCCGGAUAUCAAAGCAAGAUCGAGUGGCAGAAUACUUUUCAGACAAAUUAUAGUCAAGUCAAAUAUCCGAGCUGGAUCAAGUGGUGGAAUACCUUUCACUGAUACAAUACAUCAAAGACCUAUACCUCUCCAUCUCUUACGCUGGUUCGUUUUACAUGGGCUCAGUAUCUGAUCCAUAGGAAUGGACUUCCCAGGAUGGUUGGUUUGUCCAAUAAAAAUGUAUUUUCUAGCUGUUGUAUGGUCGGCAUUGGCAUUCUGCUUUCAACAUACAUCAGCUCUGGGCACAGAUAAACCAAAUGUGUUAUUCAUCGUAAUAGAUGAUCUCCGGCCAUCGCUUGGAUGUUAUGGGGGUCCCAUCAUAUCACCAAAUAUCGACCAACUCGCAGCUCAGUCAGCUGUCUUUACAAAUGCUAUGGUACAGCAAUCAUUAUGUGCCCCAAGCCGAACAUCCUUCCUAACAGGAAGACGUCCUGAUACAACCAAGCUCUAUGAUUUCUACUCUUAUUGGAGGGAUGCAGCAGGAAACUAUACUACUUUACCACAACACUUCAAAGAACAUGGAUACUUUACUGCUUCCAUUGGGAAAGUCUUCCACCCAGGAAUAGCAAGUGGUGGCAAUGACGAUUAUCCAUACAGCUGGUCAAUACCAGCAUACCAUCCUUCAACGGAUAAAUAUAUAUAUGCAAAGGUAUGCCCGAGCAUCGAUGGAUCCCUGAAAUCCAAUGCCAUGUGUCCCAUCGAUGUAGACAAGAUGCCCGAGAAAACACUACCGGAUCUUCAGGCGUUCGACCGUGCAGCAGAAAUCCUUCGAAAUCUGUCUUCUGCGGAAACCUUCAAAGAUAGAUUAGAAGAUAUUGAAAGUAUGGAGACGGUGCCGACUCCGUCGCAUCAUAUGAAGACUCCGUUCUUUCUGGCUGUUGGCUAUCGAAAACCUCACCUUCCUUGGAAAUACCCGAAGGAGUACCAAACCUUGUACCCCCUGAGCUCGGUCGAAAUCGCUUCUAAUCCGAACAUUCCCGAUCAAAUGCCGAGUGUGGCAUGGGAGGUGUUCGGGAGGAUGAGAAAGGAUGCUGACCUGAGGACGCUGAAAUUACCCCUCCCGUAUGGCACAUUCCCGCUGAGCUAUCAUGGACCUCUGCGUCAAAACUACUAUGCAGCGACAUCCUUCAUGGACUAUCAAGUAGGCCGACUGCUCAACGUUCUGGAAGAAUCUGGCUUCGCUGAUAACACCGUUAUCAUGUUUGUUGGUGACCACGGAUGGCAGCUUGGUGAGCAUGGAGAAUGGUGCAAGUUUUCAAACUUCGAAUUGGCGACUAGAGCCCCUCUAAUGGUUCACAUUCCUGGUCUGACUGACACACGCUGGAAUUCGGUCAAAAAAUUUAAUUUGAUUGAUCCUCUACAGACUGAGAAGAAAAUGACGGACAAUGCGCCUAUAAAAGAUAAGAAAAUGGGUACUAAACUGGACAGGUAUCUCCAUAAAAACGCUGUCAGUGACGUAGAAAUACUUGAUGAGAGACAACUUUACACAUUCACCGAAGACAACAGUACGAAGAACAUAGAGCGUUUAGAUAAUGCAUACAUCGAGGACUUUGUCGAGUUUGUCGAUAUCUUUCCUACACUUGCAGAUCUAGUAAACAUUACCAUUCCUCCAAUAUGUCCGGAGAAAUCUUUCAAUAUUGAUUUCUGCUCCGAAGGUGUAAGUUUUGCUCCACUGAUCGAACACCGGAUGCGCGACGGUAUUUCAAGCGGUAAUUCCGACCGCGUCACAAAUUUCAGGCGGUGGAAAAACGCGACGUUCAGUCAGUAUCCAAGACCACGUGUGGUUCCAGAAGACGAGGGUAGUGAUGUCCCUCAUCUUGUCAACAUAACCAUCAUGGGUUACUCCAUGAGAACAAGAGAAUAUCAUUAUACAGAAUGGAUUGGCUUCAAUCACAUAACCUUUGAAGGAAACUGGACUGACGUCAAAGCCAAGGAACUCUACAUCAAUGCCAUAGAUCCAGAUCAAAAUCAAAAUGUCGCGGAUGAUAUGCAGUAUGAGACACUUGUCAGAGAUCUAAGCCAACGCCUCAAGAGGGGAUGGCGUGACUGCUUACCGAAUUGAUCUCUCUUAAAAGAACAAAAUGUAAAUUAACUGAUAUGAGCUAAGUUUUUUUUAAAGACUUGAUCCUCGUUUCGAUUAGUAUUGCACAAUAUUUUUUCAGUUGUUCAAGAUAUUGCUACAUACAGUGGUGUGCGACCGAUGGUUGUCUGCUGCAGACACAGAUCCUCAUUGAAAUUUCGAUUAUAACACUUGAGUCUUUACACAAAGAGUAGAACAUGAUAAAACUUUUCUUCAGCCCUGCAUUCAGUACACAAAUCAUUUAAGCAUUCACAUUUCCUAACUUGAGUGAGGGGUCUGCACAGCAGACUAGGCCAAUAGACAUGAUAGAAGAUUAAAAUACAAGGAAAGAAAAUUGGCUAAAUAGUGAUACCGAUGAAACUGUAGCAACUGCAUGGUUUGAGGGGUUGCUAAAUAAGGAUUGUUUCUCGGGAUAAUGAUUUCAGGCCACUGCUUCUGUAUAGGCCCAAAUCGUCGUAAUCAUAUUGAUGUAACACUAUUUCAUUGCUAUACUGUAGUACGAUCGAUUAAUCGCUCUCUCACCAACUUAUGCUCAUUCGAUAUGAUCAUAUUGAAUAUGGUUUGUCAUAUUCUCAAGCAGUUUGCUUAUAAUGAAAAUCUGUCUUUCGCAAGCGAUUUUAUGUUCAAAUUAUGUAUUACCUAAUAAAUUGUAAAUAAAAUCUGUUAUAUUUGAAAAUUGUAAUGCCAUAUCAUAUUGCUAUGCAGAAGAAAAUGGAUAAAAUCAAAUUAAUUAGCCCAAUCUGUUUUGAUAAAAUUGUGUAUUUUAACGGGCAAUUUGCAUAAAACAGCAACUACUCCCAUACUCUCUAAAAGGCUUUUAACACCAUUCUGAAGGGGGGGGGAUUUAUGAAAUGUUACGUCAUAUAUUCUAGAAUUACAAGAACCAAUAUAAUAUUUCUAAUAACUUGACAAGCAAAAAAAGGCCUUCAACCACAAAUAAAGGAUUUCA